GCUCCAUAAAUGCCGGUGUCUCAGAUGAGCAUCUACCUCAGCUUCAGCCUGAGAAAGAGAGAAGGCAGGACAGGUCUCUCAGUAUAGUGAGCAGAACUGGUACUGCAAACCAUGUUGCAAUCCAGGGUAUUGAUGAUAGCUCUGAUUCUGCUCCUCAGCACCACUCUGCCUGAAGUGCACUCAAAGUCUGUCUUUGAGAGAGACCGUCGUGACUGGCUGGUCGUCCCUGAUGCAGUUGCAUCUUAUGUCUAUGAAGCUGUGAACAAGGUGUCCCCUAGAGCGGGUCAGUUCUUGGUUGAUACUGCCCAGACUCCAGCAGUUGUUGCAACUAGGAACUUCCUCAUCAGAGAAACAGCUAAACUCAGUAUAAUGGCCGAACAGCUGAUUGAAAAAAUAAAGAACGUGUGGGCAAGAGUCCGAGGCUAUUAGCCAGAAGAAGACAAGUCAGUGUCUCCUGAUGUGAAUUGGUAACACCCUGCAGUGUCCUCUUUCCUUCUGCUCCUACUACGGGCCAAGAUCAGUCGAUAAGACAGAAUCAAUGCUCCUCUUAGUGCCACUAGAGGGAACCCACCUUCAAAGACCAAAAGACGGAAGGCAUCUGCUGAAGCCUCCCCCAGAAAAAAAAAAAGAACACGCAGCUGGGCAUGGGGAAGACAAUAAGAUUGUAGAGCUCUUCUGUAGCCAAAUCUUGAAAAUUA